AUGUUGAUGUCGAUUGCAGGGUAUUUUGCUAUGAUCAAAUGUUCCCUAUUAAUUGCUUUAAUAGCUUUAAUGUCUCGAAAACAAUUGACAUGUUGCAUGUCAUCUACUCAAAAAAGUUUCGUCCAACCAAAAGUCACUUCAUUUUGGAUAACUGUUGAGCCAAUUUCGGUAGAAUUGACUGAAGGAUGUUUGGCAGCCGCAGGAUGUGCUGAUUCUCGGCUAACUUUAUUUCAGUGGAAUCUAAUCAGUGAUGAAAGAAUCGCAUCCAGCUGGUCUAUCCAUGAAUACUUUGUUUUGAUACUUUUUAUUUUUUGGGAUUCUUCACACUCGUUUGUCAGUUAUUGGAAUAAAGGAAGGCCUGCAGAUGUUACGUUUAAUUAUGAAAUAGUUGGCACAGAUCCGAUCUAUGGAUUUGCUCGAACCUGUGAUUCAACUCAAGCAAUUCGUAUUUUCGAUGUUAAGCAAAACUUUUCCACUCAUUUAAUAAAAAAUGAAAUUAUUACUUCGAUGAUGCAUUCAGUACCACAGCCUGAAAAAGUUACUUUGAAUCUGACGGGUAGAUGCUUUACCGCAAUGAUAAGUGUGCAAAAAUAUGAGUCAACUUGCCCGUGGUGCUCCUGUAAUGAGCAGUAUGCCAUUAUUGGACAAUUGUCAGAAUCUGAUACACGUGAAUUCCCGUAUCUUUUGAAUAGUACAUCUGACGCUUUGGUUGAUGUUGGCCUGAUAGUACUAUCAGCAAUUGCCUUUGCUACAUCAGCUGCAUUUUCAUGCCUUCUAAUUGCAUAUUUACGUGAACGACGUGGAAACUUCAGCAAAAAUAUAACAAAGCGUAACACGAGAUGUUGCUCUAAAUGUAAUUCAAAAGACUUUCGAGGACACCAACAUCUAAGUAUGCAGAAAACGCGAUUAAUGAAUAAUGAAAUAGUGAGGUAA